AUAUAUAUUAUUAUAUAAGCUAUUCCUUACUAUAAUUUCACUAAUAGUAAUUAUUACAAGUAAUAUGAAUAAAAACAUCUAUACUAAUAUAUACAUGUAAUUAUUUAUUAAAUAAUAUACCAUUAUUAAUCAUGCAUUUGCAGUUAUUCAUAACAACAGAUACAUAUUGUAUAUUUUAAUAAUAUACAUGAAAUGAUUUACAAAAAUGAAACUAUAUAAUCAACAUGUUUGGGAGAUGUAUCACUUUUAUAUUUUCUUCCCAAUUGAAAUGUGCAGGUUAUAAAAGAUGGAAAUAUUAGGAGGGUGCGUUCACUUCCUGUAUCCACUCCACACUCGCUCCUGUCUCACAUCAGUCCUGUCUCACAUACACUCGCUCCUGUCUCACAUACACUCGCUCCUGUCUCACAUACACUCGCUCCUGUCUCACAUCCACUCGCUCCUGUCUCACAUACACUGGGCUUUGAAUUGUACUCCAACAUCUCAGGCAUAUUUCAUCCACUUCAGUUUUUCAAUUGAAGCUUUAAUAUUUAUGUUCCUCGUGGAUGUAGCGCCGAAUCAAAAGCGGAAUAAAACCCAAAAUGUUUGACAUUUCUGUAGCAGGGAAUAUACACUAUAUUGCCAAAAGUAUUGACUCACAUGUGAACUUGAAGUGCCAUCCCAUAGGGUUCAAUAUUAUAUUAAUAUUACAGCUUCAACUCUUCUGGGAAGGCUGUCCACAAGGUUGCAGAGUGUGUUUAUAGCAAUUUUUCCACCAUUCUUCCAAAAGUGCAUUGGUGAGGUCACACUGAUCCCAAAGGCGUUCUAUCGGGUUUGGGUCAGGACUCUGUGCAGGCCAGUCAAGUUGAUCCACACCAGACUCUGUCAUCCAUGUCUUUAUGGACCUUGCUUUGUGCACAGUCAUGUUGGAAGAGGAAGGGGGCCCGCUCCAAACUGUUCCCACAAGGUUGGGAGCGUGGAAUUGUCCAAAAUGUUUUGGUAUCCUGGAGCAUUCAAAAAGUUCCUUGCACUGAAAAACAACCCCACACCAUAAUUCCUCCUCCACCAAAUGUCACAAUGCAGUUCGAAAUGUAGCGUUCUCCUGGCAACCUCCAAACCCAGACUGGUCCAUCAGAUUGCCCAGAUGGAAAAGUGUGAUUCAUCAGUCCAGAGAAGGCGUCUCCAUUGCUUUAGAGUCCAGUGGUGAUGUCCUUUACACCACUGCAUCCCACGCUUUGCAUUGAUGUAUGGCUUAGAUGCAGCCGCUCGGCCAUGGAAAGCCAUUCCAUGAAGCUCUCUGCGUACUGUACGUGGGCUAAUUGGAAGGGGACAUGAAGUUUGGAACUGAAAGUCUUUGCACUAUGCUGACCUCUCUGUCAGUUUACCUGGCCUACCACUUCCUCCUGGCUGAGUUGCUGUUGUUCCCAAACUCUUCACUUUUCUUAUAAUAAAGUUGACUUUGGAAUCUUUAGGACUGGAUUUGUUGGCAUCCUAUGACAGUUCCACGCUGGAAAUCACUGAAAGCGGCCCAUUCUUUCACAAAUGUUUGUAGAAACAGUCUCCAUGCCUAAGUGCUUGAUUUGAUACACCGGGCCAAGUGAUACUUUUGGCAAUAUAGUGUAUGUGUGUGUGUUUGUCUUCAUGUUUACUUUCUAGAAGCUGCCAAACUGCCCGAUGUACUUGUUUAUAUUCCACCAGUGCUGUUUGCUUCAUGCCAACGAUUGUGCUCAACUCACUUAAAUGAUGCCUGACUGUUGCCACGGCGACCAGGCGAGUACGUUGUGGAUGUGAGUGUUUGUCACCUGGUUACAGGCAUUCUGUUGGUUUUUUUAAUAACCAAAUUUUUGAUCAUUUUCCCUUUAAAGAGAGAUGUUUUUUUUUGGUGGUGAAAACAACGGAAUAUAAAUGCAAUCUCCCUUAUUGGCCUGUGGAAGACUCGGCCUGUAAUUCCCCCAUGUUGCGCCCUGAUGUUGCGCCCUAUGCUGACACAAAUAAACGCCAGGGAGGACAACUUGUAUAUUCCAAAAAAAAAAAAAGAAGAAGAAAAAAGCAUGACAUUAAAUGGUGCGAGUCCUGGGGAAUGAAGUGAGAGUCAAAAGCCAUCGAAACAGCAAAACUGUUGUCAUUUUUCUAAUAAUCACGAGAAUAAAUAGUGCCGAGUCUGCACCUGCAUGAUGAUUAUGUGCAACAAAAACUAUUAUUCCCUUUCCUUGAUGAACACGGAGUCAAGUAUUUGAACGGUUUAGUGUUAUUCCAUGUUCUUGUCUAAUAACUGCCAAAUAAACGCAUGUUUUUGUGUUGAUUCGCUGACAGAAUAUCAACUUGCAUUAUUGCCUCAUCCCUCACUUCUAGCCUGGUGAGUGCGGAAGAGACAGAGAUGCCACCUAGUGGUCGUUUGAGCACACUGAAGGGAAGUGCGUCAAAAGUGGACAUAGACUUGUAAAGGACAUCAUGUCAUGGCUGGCUUGACUUUACAAUCAUUUCUACAACUCUUAUUUGUUUGUGAUAGAGAGAUCGGAGCACAGGACUUUCCUCCAGAAGGUCUCAUCUAUGUCCACACCACCAUGCUUGACGGUAGGCAUAGUGUUCCUCCAAACGGACAUCACAUGGGCAAAGAUAAGACCUUCUGGAGGAAAGUUCUGUGGUCAGAUUACAUAAAAAUGGAGCUGUUUGGCCACAAUACCCAGCAAUAUGUUUGGAGGAGAAAAAGUGAGGCCUUUAAUCCCAGGAACACCAUGCCUAUCGUCAAGCAUGGUGGUGGUAGCAUUAUGCUCUGGGCCUGUUUUGCGGUCAAUGGAACUGCUGCUUUAAAUGGGACAAUGAAAAAGGAGAAUUACCUCCAAAUUCAAGUCUUUUAACGUUUAAAAAAAAAAAAAAACUACUUUUCCCAAAAUUCCCACAUUUUCAUGAAAUGUCCCAUUGAAAUCAAUGGGACAUUUUUCAAAGUUUCACAAUUUUUCAUCCGAUUCAAAACGUUCCAAAUCCAAAAUAUUUUUAACAUUUUUUAAAUUGUGUGCUCUCCAACAAUUUUUUUUUUUUAAAUUCCCGGAUUUCCAAGAGAACUCUCAGUUUUCCCUAUUCAAAAUGAAUGGGACAUUUUUCCCAAGUUGCACCAUUUCCACAUUUUUCAACACAUUCCACCUUCAACACAUUCCACUCAUCCUGGACAUUCAAACUAUCAUUUUGGCCAAGUUCAAAAAAAUUCCAGGAUUUUCCAGAAUUCCAGGUGUUGCAAAGCCCUAUUUUCACCCUUUUUUUUGGCGACUACUUUUCAACCGUCAAAUAAUUCCUCUUAAACAGGACAAAAAAACGAAGUUGUUUGUUGAACUGGAAAAAUUCCCACAAUGCAACUGCUGCUUUAAAUGGGACAAUGAAAAAGGAGGAUUACCUCCAAAUUCAAGUCUUUUAACGUUUUCAAAAAAAAAAAAUGCCCACUUUUCCCAAAAUUCCCACAUUUUCAUGAAAUGUCCCAUUGAAAUCAAUGGGACAUUUUUCAAAGUUUCACAAUUUUUCAUCCGAUUCAAACCGUUCCAAAUCCAAAAUAUUUUUAACAUUUUUUAAAUUGUGUGCUCUCCAACAAUUUUUUUUUUUAAAUUCCCGGAUUUCCAAGAGAACUCUCAGUUUUCCCUAUUCAAAAUGAAUGGGACAUUUUUCCCAAGUUGCACCAUUUCCACAUUUUUCAACACAUUCCACCUUCAACACAUUCCACUCAUCCUGGACAUUCAAACUAUCAUUUUGGCCAAGUUCAAAAAAAUUCCAGGAUUUUCCAGAAUUCCAGGUGUUGCAAAGCCCUAUUUUCACCCUUUUUUUUGGCGACUACUUUUCAACCGUCAAAUAAUUCCUCUUAAACAGGACAAAAAAACGAAGUUGUUUGUUGAACUGGAAAAAUUCCCACAAUGCAACUGCUGCUUUAAAUGGGACAAUGAAAAAGGAGGAUUACCUCCAAAUUCAAGUCUUUUAACGUUUUCAAAAAAAAAAAAAUGCCCACUUUUCCCAAAAUUCCCACAUUUUCAUGAAAUGGGACAUUUUUCAAAGUUUCACAAUUUUUCAUCCGAUUCAAACCCUUCCAACUCCAAAAUAUUUUUAACAUUUUUUAAAUUGUGUGCUCUCCAACAAUUUUUUUUUUUAAAUUCCCGGAUUUCCAAGAACUCCCAGUUUUCUGGGACAUUUUUCCCUAUUCAAAAUGAAUGGGACAUUUUUCCCAAGUUGCACCAUUUCCACAUUUUUCACAACACAUUCCACUCAUCCUGGACAUUCAAACUAUCAUUUUGCCAAGUUCAAAAAAAAUUCCAGGAUUUUCCAGAAUUCCAGGUGUUGCAAAGCCCUAUUUUCACCCUUUUUUCUGGGGACUACUUUUCAACCCGCUUCAACCGUCAAAUAAUUCCUCUUAAACAGGACAAGUUGUUUGUUGAACUGGAAAAAUUCCCACAAUGCAACUGCUGCUUUAAAUGGGACAAUGAAAAAGGAGGAUUACCUCCAAAUUCAAGUCUUUUAACGUUUAAAAAAAAAAAAUGCCCGCUUUUCCCAAAAUUCCCACAUUUUCAUGAAAUGGGACAUUUUUCAAAGUUUCACAAUUUUUCAUCCGAUUCAAACCCUUCCAACUCCAAAAUAUUUAACAUUUUUUAAAUUGUGUGCUCUCCAACAAUUUUUUUUUUUAAAUUCCCGGAUUUCCAAGAACUCCCAGUUUUCUGGGACAUUUUUCCCUAUUCAAAAUGAAUGGGACAUUUUUCCCAAGUUGCACCAUUUCCACAUUUUUCACAACACAUUCCACUCAUCCUGGACAUUCAAACUAUCAUUUUGCCAAGUUCAAAAAAAUUCCAGGAUUUUCCAGAAUUCCAGGUGUUGCAAAGCCCUAUUUUUACCCUUUUUUUUGGCGACUACUUUUCAACCCGCUUCAACCGUCAAAUAAUUCCUCUUAAACAGGACAAAAAAACGAAGUUGUUUGUUGAACUGGAAAAAUUCCCACAAUGCAACUGCUGCUUUAAAAGGGACAAUGAAAAAGGAGGAUUACCUCCAAAUUCAAGUCUUUUAACGUUUUCAAAAAAAAAAAAAUGCCCACUUUUCCCAAAAUUCCCACAUUUUCAUGAAAUGUCCCAUGGAAAUCAAUGGGACAUUUUUCAAAGUUCCACAAUUUUUCAUCCGAUUCAAACCCUUCCAACUCCAAAAUAUUCAACAUUUUUUAAAUUGUGUGCUCUCCAACAAUUUUUUUUUUUAAAUUCCCGGAUUUCCAAGAACUCCCAGUUUUCUGGGACAUUUUUCCCUAUUCAAAAUGAAUGGGACAUUUUUCCCAAGUUGCACCAUUUCCACAUUUUUCAACACAUUCCACUCAUCCUGGACAUUCAAACUAGCAUUUUGGCCAAGUUCUAAAAAAAUUCCAGGAUUUUCCAGAAUUCCAGGUGUUGCAAAGCCCUAUUUCCACCCUUUUCUUUGGCGACUACUUUUCAACCGUCAAAUAAUUCCUCUUAAACAGGACAAAAAAACGAAGUUGUUUGUUGAACUGGAAAAAUUCCCACAAUGCAACUGCUGCUUUAAAUGGGACAAUGAAAAAGGAGGAUUACCUCCAAAUUCAAGUCUUUUAACGUUUUCAAAAAAAAAAAAACCCGCUUUUCCCAAAAUUCCUACAUUUUCAUGAAAUGUCCCAUUGAAAUCAAUGGGACAUUUUUCAAAGUUCCACAAUUUUUCAUCCGAUUCAAACCCUUCCAACUCCAAAAUAUUUUUAACAUUUUUUAAAUUGUGUGCUCUCCAACAAUUUUUUUUUUUUUAAUUCCCGGAUUUCCAAAAACUCCCAGUUUUCUGGGACAUUUUUCCCUAUUCAAAAUGAAUGGGACAUUUUUCCCAAGUUGCACCAUUUCCACAUUUUUCAACACAUUCCACUCAUCCUGGACAUUCAAACUAGCAUUUUGCCAAGUUCAAAAAAAUUCCAGGAUUUUCCAGAAUUCCAGGUGUUGCAAAGCCCUAUUUUCACCCUUUUUUUCUGGCGACUACUUUUCAACCCGCUUCAACCGUCAAAUAAUUCCUCUUAAACAGGACAAAAAAACGAAGUUGUUUGUUGAACUGGAAAAAUUCCCACAAUGCAACUGCUGCUUUAAAUGGGACAAUGAAAAAGGAGAAUUCAAGUCUUUUAACGUUUUAAAAAAAAAAAAUGCCCGCUUUUCCCAAAAUUCCCACAUUUUCAUGAAAUGUCCCAUUGAAAUCAAUGGGACAUUUUUCAAAGUUCCACAAUUUUUCAUCCGAUUCAAACCCUUCCAACUCCAAGAUAUUUUUAACAUUUUUUAAAUUGUGUGCUCUCCAACAAUUUUUUUUUUUUUAAUUCCCGGAUUUCCAAGAACUCCCAGUUUUCUGGGACAUUUUUCCCUAUUCAAAAUGAAUGGGACAUUUUUCCCAAGUUGCACCAUUUCCACAUUUUUCAACACAUUCCACUCAUCCUGGACAUUCAAACUAUCAUUUUGCCAAGUUCAAAAAAAUUCCAGGAUUUUACAGAAUUCCAGGUGUUGCAAAGCCCUAUUUUCACCCUUUUCUUUGGCGACUACUUUUCAACCGUCAAAUAAUUCCUCUUAAACAGGACAAAAAAACGAAGUUGUUUGUUGAACUGGAAAAAUUCCCACAAUGGAACUGCUGCUUUAAAUGGGACAAUGAAAAAGGAAAAUUCAAGUCUUUUAACGUUUUUAAAAAAAAAAAAAAAGCCCGCUUUUCCCAAAAUUCCCACAUUUUCAUGAAAUGUCCCAUUGAAAUCAAUGGGACAUUUUUCCCAAGUUGCACCAUUUCCACAUUUUUCACAACACAUUCCACUCAUCCUGGACAUUCAAACUAGCAUUUUGCCAAGUUCAAAAAAAUUCCAGGAUUUUCCAGAAUUCCAGGUGUUGCAAAGCCCUAUUUUCACCCUUUUUUCUGGGGACUACUUUUCAACCCGCUUCAACCGUCAAAUAAUUCCUCUUAAUCAGGACCAAAAAAAUGAAGUUGUUUGUUGAACUGGAAAAAUUCCCACAAUGCAACUGCUGCUUUAAAUGGGACAAUGAAAAAGGAGGAUUAGCUCCAAAUUGUUCAGGACAAGCUAAAAUCAUCAGUUGGGUGUUCCAACAGGACAAUGACGUCAAAAGUGGUAAAGGAAUGGCUAAAUCAGGCUAGAAUGAAGGUUUUAGAAUGGCCUUCCCAAAGUCCUGACUUAAAGGUGUGGACAAUGCUUAAGAAAAAAAAAGUCAUAUGUCCACUGAUGUUUAAAAACUCUACACUUGAAAUCUAUUUUACGUUUCCCCAAUGACUUUUAUUGUGAAAGAUGGUGGACGACUGGCGUAAACACUCCACAAUAUAUAAUAAAUACACGGAGCAAUAUUGCCCCCUUGUAGAACUGUGCCGUCACAACUCCCUCCUCCAACCCAUAGCAGUCCUGUCUUAAACGUGUGGACAAUGCUGAAGAAACAAGUCCAUGUCAGAAAAGCAACACAUUUAGCUGAACUGCAGCAAUUUAGUGGUCAAGUAGAAGCUUGUGGAUGGCUACCAAAAGCGCCUUAUUGCAGGUAAACUUGCCAAGGGACAUGUAAGCAAAUAUUAACAUUGCUGUAUGUAUACUUUUCACCCUCACAUUUUCAUAAUAAAUUCAUAAAAGAAGCAAACUUCAUGAAUGUUUUUUGUGAGCAACAAGUAUGUGCUCCAAUCACUACAUCACAAACAAAUAAGAAAUGAUUGUAAAGUCAAGACAGCCAUGACAUGAUGUUCUUUACCAGUUUAUAUAGCACUUUUCUCUAGUGACUCAAAGUGCUUUACAUAGUGAAAGCCAUGACCUAAGUUCCAUUUAAAGCAGCGGGGGCGGGGGGGUGGUACCAAAAGUGUCUCGCCCAAGGACACGACGACAGGAAGCGGGGAUCAAACCUGGUACCCUCAAGUUGCUUCAGGCACACGCAGGAUUCUCACAGGAGUGAGGGGGGAAAAGACAAGCUGACAUUAGUGUAACUGUGGAGAGUCAAAGUGUUGUCAGUGGUUGUGAUGGAUGAAAUAAAUCAUUGUGUGUUGUUGUUACUUCACGUGAAUGAUCAUGUGUGAUGAUUUAUAUCCACCGUCUGGAUCGUCAUGUGCUGCUUGAAAAAAAUAAAUAUAUAUAUAUAUAUAUUAGAGUAAUAACGCUCUUAAAUAGGCCAUCAAAUUAAAGUGUGUAGUUUUGACUGAGACAAUAAAAGUGAUAGUCAUUCUUUGCAUGGAUGUUACAUUUGUUGUCCCUCACACAAACUCAUGAUUGAAAUGAAAAGACCUUCAAACUGGAUUUGAUUUUGGAUUUUUUUUUAGCGCCGCCCUUUUAUGACAUGUCUGACUUCUUGUGUGGAAAAAACACUAAUAAAGGAACACAAAUGCUGUC